GGCGCGGCCACGGCGGGGGCGUGGCCACAGCGAGUUCCUUCCCGCCCUUACGCUCUGUCUCUCCCUCCCCCCCAUCUCGCGCGACGCCGCUGUCGCCGCUGUCGCCGCUGUCGCCGCUGUCGCGAUGUGGCGCAGCGCCGGCCUCGCUGGCGACGCGCAGAAGGCUGAGACCAAAGAGGAAUUCGUAAAAGUUAGGAGGAGGGAUUUGGAAAGGCUGACAACUGAAGUUAUGCAACUGCGGGAUUUCUUACCCAAAAUAGUAAAUGGAGAUAUCUUGGGGACAUUCCAGAAGCUGGAUGCUAUUGAAUCAAACCUGGAGAAGAAGGAGGAGGAAAUAGAGCAGCUGAGAAUGGAUUGUGAACACUUCCGAGCCCGUCUGGAAACAGCCCAGGCAGAUUGCAUGAGAGAGAAGAAGGAGAAGCUGGACCUGCGGCAGCAGCUGAACGAGGCCAAGCAGCAGCUCCUGCAGCAGGCAGAGUAUUGCACAGAGAUGGGAGCAGCAGUGUGCACCUUGCUCUGGGGGGUAUCCAGCAAUGAGGAGGCUGUGAAAUCCAUUCUAGGAGGAAGUAAAGCAGUAAAGUUUUUCACAAUCACUGCCCAGACCAUGGAGAGCUUUGUGAAGUCAUUAAGUGAAGACAUGAAACAGCAGGAUUUGGAUUCUGAGGAAAAUCAGUUUGUAUUAGCUUUGGCAGGGAUUGUAACAAAUGUGGCUGCGCUGGCGUGUGGCCGUGAGUUCCUGGUCAGUUCCAGUCGGGAACUGCUGGACACAAUGAUGCAUCUCCUGGGAGACAUGAAGCCAGGACUCUGUAACAAAUUUAAAGUGCUAAUGCUAAUGUCACUUUACAAUGUGAGUAUCAACAUGAAAGGCUUGAAGUACAUCAGUGAAAGUCCAGGUUUUAUUCCCCUGCUUUGGUGGCUGUUGAAUGACCCGGACAGCGAGGUGUGCCUGCACGCCCUGCGGCUGCUGCAGUCGGUGCUGCUGGAGCCGGAGGUGCUGGCCCGCUCGGGCGCCGAGGUGCGCCAGACGCUGCCCUUGCAGCGCAUCGUCGCCCUGGCCCGGAGCCGCAACGCAGAGCUGCAGGCCCUGGCCAAGGAGCUCCUCGAGGACCUGAAAAUAUUUGACUACGAAGCGUAGAAGAGCUCUGCCACACCAAAUGCUUACGUCUUUCCUGUAUUUCCUGCACGGGUUGUUGGAGAUGGGCUGAAAAAAAAAACUCUCUGCUUAAUUUCCUCUGACAAAAUCCUUUUUGGGAAUUUGAAUUAACCCAAGGAAAAUCAUACUUGGGAAAACCCAUUGGGUUUUAGAUGCUCAAAUAAAACCGUGGGUCAUCUGGUAGAGAUGAGGCAGGCUUAUAUUCUUUAAGCAGAAUUUUAUUGAUAAUGGGUUUCCAAAAUGGUCUGUGGUUGUUUUGUGUAUUUCCUGUCUGGGGUAAAAUAUUCUCAUUCCUUGAUAACAGUUCAUUGCAGUGGUAAAUAAUCCUUUUGGCCCAUCCUUAAGAAUUACUGUACUGUGAGGAAAACUCUGCUACCUUUCAUAACUCUUCUGUGUCAGAAUGCACCCCAAGUUCCAGUUUUAUUGUUGUUAUUUCUCACCUCUUUGUAUUGUAAUAAAAGAAAACUGAAUUUCUGUAGCAUGUAAUGGAUUCUGCUUUCAAAAUUUGUAUUCAGAUUCACUCUUAACUGGAAGUCAAGCUGGUCUUUGGCUGCCAGGCAUGUUAGAAAUUGGGCUAUUCU